AUGACUUCUCACUCUCUCCGUACCACUGCUCGCUCAUUUGUUCAAGCUCAGUCUCGCUCACGCUCACUUCUUUUAACCUUUGAUGCCUUUGACACACUCUUCCACCCGCGUCAACCUGUGCCAGAACAAUAUGUCUUGACAGCGAACGAAUUCGGCCUCUCCGGUAGUGCCCUAACCCCUCAGAAGUUCAAAGCAGCCUUCAAGCAUGUCUUCCAUAAGCAAGUCACCCUGUACCCAAACUAUGGCCGCGCAGAUGUUCUGUGUGGUAAGUACGGUGGUCCGAGGCAGUGGUGGGAGGAAGUAAUCCGCAGAAGCUUUACCCACGCAUUAUCCGCAGACUCGACGCAGAAAUCAGAUAUUGAGAAUACACAUCUGCCAGAUGGAUUAGUAGAUGCUCUACUCAAUCGCUUUGCGGGCGCAGAAGGCUAUAUGCUCUACCCCGACGUAGCGCCAUUUUUUGCGCGAAUGCGUGAGUUCCGAGCAUCCCAGGUGAAAGGCGGUCGCUUCAAUAAUGUGAUCAUCGGCGUGAUAUCCAACUCUGAUGAUAGGGUGCCGGCAGUGCUGAAAGCACUCGGUUUGCGUGUUUCUGAUAUGCGUGCUGAUCAGGACCGGUCUAGUGUGGAGUUGCCUGGCUUUGAAGAACGAUCUACUGAAAAAGAAAGCGGCACGCAAGAGUCGAUUCCUAGUAUAGCCAAUCAGUAUUCUCGGCCAGAUUCAGGUAAUGAUCUGGAUCUGAUUAUCACUAGCUAUGAAGCUGGAGCUGAAAAACCGAAUCGCUUGAUAUUUGAUGUUGCGAGGCGGCAAGCUUUAUUGAUGGCACUAGAUGGCGAGAAUUUUCCUCGUGGGACACCUACAAAUCUGGAUGAACAUGGUGCUUGGACUUGUGUACAUGUAGGAGAUGAUUACCAGAAGGACUAUAUUGGUGCGAUUGAUGCUGGUUGGCAGAGUUACUGGCUGCCUCGCGGAAAUGGGCAACAUUCUCCAGCGAACAAGAUAUCUUCGUUGAUGGAUUUGAUUCAUGAAUUAGAACUAGGUUCUUGA